AUGUUAAAGGAGUUGAAAAGGGUGUCAGAGCAGGUCGGCUUGAAGAUGAAUCUAAGCAAGACAAAGGUAUUGACUGAGGAGGAUAUUAAAGUCGAAAUGGAUGGUAAUGAGAUCGAGAAAGCUAGCGAAUAUGUGUACCUCGGACAUACAAUAACAAUGGGCAAACAGAACCAAACUGCAGAAAUCACGAGAAGAAUCCGUAUGACCUGGGUCGCAGUGGGAAAACUUAGAAAUGUUCUGAGAAAUCCAGAAAUCCCUAUAAAUUUGAAGAGAAAGGUGUUCAACACCUGUAUACUCCCUGUUCUGACCUACGGCGUAGAAACGAUGAAACUCACAGUCCACUCAGGCAAUCGAAUGAGAACGACACAGAGAGCUAUUGAAAGGGCUAUGUUAGGUUAG